AUGGCACAUAACGGAAAGAAGUCGUAUGUCUUCGCAACCAAGUCUAAGCCUAAACCUAAGCCUAAGCAUUCAAAAGCCUCGAAGAAGGAGAAGUCCAUUCUGCAGUCCGCUCCUUUGCUGAACCACGACGCCAACUUUAACAAGGACGGGCUAAUCGAGGGGACUGUGGUCACAGAGGCAUCAGUCUCCCAAACUAAUGGCUUUCCAUGCCAAGAUGAACUCACCAAAGAUACUGGAAAGCCCGACAACAAGUCAACCUUAUCGGUUACCUCCGCCAUCAUUCCAAUGUCGCAGUUGACUACUACUGUAACGGGCUGA